UAUUAAGCUAAGUUGAUGUGUUAGAGGGGAUCCAUGAUCUAUCUAGGCUUAAAUAUUGAUGGUGGAAAAAGUUAUUGUUGCUCAAACAAUGGGAGGUCCUAUUCUAUUCCUAUUCCUGAGGUUUUCUUCUGAGUUUUAAAAAAUGGAAGUAUUCUUUGUGUUUAUGUCUGAGAUAUGUAUAGAGAGGGAGUGGUGUUUAGGAUUUGCUUGUCCAGUCAGUUUUCUCCUUGCUUCUGUUUCUCUCUGUGUCUCUCUAAUUAUUUAAUCUUUAAAAGAAAACUGGUCUGGUUUAAGAGUCUGAGCCAAAGCUUAAACUACUAUUCCUACUAAACAAACACUGAAAAUGAACCUCUUUACACCCUCUCAAGCUCCUGUAUUUAAUACUAGUAAUAACCCAAUGCUUCAUCUCUUGAGUCUAGCGUUUUUGUAGGUCGGGGGUGUGUCUGUCUAUAUGGAUUUUGGGGUGCUGGGUUUCGAUGGGUUUGUGGGUUCAGAGACUACUGCUAUUACUACUACUACUACUACUGGUUUUACUCUUGCUUCAGAUCCUGAGACAAAGCAGAAAUGGUACGGUUCUGGUUUCCUCAAGCAAGAGAGAUCUGGCAAUAAUGAAGAUGACUGGAUGAGUUCAAAACUGGCCAAAAUUGAUGAUUUUUCGGCCUCCAAGGCAACGCUGCUCCAACAGAGAAAUACUUUGUUGAGAUCUAAUACCUCUAUCUUCUCUGACGGACAACAACAGCAACAAAUGCUGAGCUUUUCUGCUCCCAAAUCAGAAGCUCUUUCAGUGGAUAGGAGCUCCCAAAAUCUCACAUUCCCCUCCUUUCACCUCACAUUACCAGCUUAUACUAGAAAUACAGGCUACAACACUGGAAGAUUUAAUGGUGCAAACAUGCAUGGGAUGUUAGCAGGAGCUGGAGGACCAUUCACUCCAUCUCAAUGGAUGGAGCUAGAACGCCAGGCUUUGAUCUACAAAUGCAUAACUGCAAAUGUGCCUAUACCAUCUAAUCUUCUCAUUCCUAUAAGAAAAGCCUUUGAUUCUGCUAAUUUCUCUAGCUUUCCUGGUGGACUUCUCAAACCUAAUACAUUGGGAUGGGGACCCUUUCAUCUUGGGUUCUCAAACAACACUGAUCCAGAGCCUGGAAGGUGUCGUAGAACGGAUGGAAAGAAAUGGCGGUGCUCAAGAGAUGCGGUUGCCGACCAGAAGUAUUGUGAGCGGCACAUGAACAGGGGCCGCCAUCGUUCAAGAAAGCCUGUGGAAGGCCAAUCUGGCCGUUCCGCUGCAGCCACCACCGCCACUACUACCAAGCUGAUGCCUACGUUCUCAUCCUCUUCAGCAUCAGUGGUAGGGCCAAUCAGUGGCAGCGGCGAGUCCAACAGCCUUGCAAUUGCACAGCAGCAGUUCAAGAAUUUGCAGCCUGGUGGUGCAUCUAAUCUCUCUACGGCAGCUCCACUAAACAGGUUGCUUAUGAACAAGGACACUGUGGGUGAAAAAAUACAUGCUACUGCACCAGGGCUUUCCAUGAUAUCCCCCACUGAUGACCUGAAAUCUAAAGAAAAUCCUUUCUUGAUACUGAAGCAGCAGAUCACCUAUGAACAAAACUCAAGAAAUGAGUUUGGUGUUGUUUCCUCUGAUUCACUCCUUAACCCUUCACACAAAAGCUCUUCCUUGAUUAAUUGCAGAAAUUUUGGUUCUUCUCAAGAUCUUACUGGUCAAGAAACUGAAUCCCAGCAUUCCCUUCGCCAGUUCAUGGAUGACUGGCCUAAAUGCCAGUCUGAUCGGUCAACCAUUUCCUGGCCUGAGGUUGAUGCUCAAUCAGACAGGACUCAACUUUCCAUAUCAAUGGCUGCCUCAGAUUUCAUGUCCUCCACGUCCUCUCCCAACAAUGAAAAAGUAACUCUGUCGCCGCUCAGAUUAUCACGUGAAUUUGACCCCAUACACAUGGGAUUGGGAGUGGGCAGUGUUAUUAAUCAACCAAACCACAGGCAAGCAAAUUGGAUUCCUAUAUCUUGGGAGACUUCCAUGUGUGGUCCUCUUGGUGAAGUAUUGCACAGUACUAACAGCAGCACAGCAGACUUCAAGAACUCAUCAGCACUUGACCUUAUGACAGAGGGCUGGGAUCACAGUCCUCGGUUAGGAUCAUCUCCUACUGGGGUCUUACAAAAGACUACCUUCGGUUCUCUUUCUAAUAGCAGUGCUGGAAGCAGUCCAAGAGCAGAGAAUAACAAGACUCGUGAAGGUACUAGGCUUUGCGAUGACCUCCUGGGUUCAACCCUUGUUCAUUCUUCCUCUUUGCCUGCUGUGUAACCACCUUACCUACCGACAAGUCCCUAGGAUAUGGAAGAAGAAAAAAAAAAUAGAAGCAUGAAUUUUAUCUGUCUGACAAACAUGGAACAACUAGUGAUGAAAGCUUAAAUUAUUAUGUUUCCCUUCAAUUUUUGUAAUUUGUA